UACCUACAGAGCAAUAAAUAACCCAAACAAUACAAUUUCUCAUAUUGGACAAUUUUGGAAAUUGAAGAAAUUCGGUGCCCUUUCUCAUCUACAGGAUAAUGAUUGUAACUGAACAUGGAAAAAAAGCUUGAAACACAUAUAGCUACAUCGUCAAGAAACAAUGAAUCAGAUGGCGAAGCUGAGGACGCAGUAGAUCAGGAAGACGAGGAAGAAGAAAAACACACCCCAAACAACAAUGUUCAGAAUAUACUGAAAAAGUUGCAAUCUUCAGGAGCUCUAUUGAGAAAGCCUAAGCAAGAGCACAGGUGUAUCACCUGCGACGAAGAAUAUCCCAGUUGGGAGGUGUUAGAGAAUCAUCUCAUUCAGCACGUGUCGCUGCCCUCCGUGGUGCUCGACAAGCUGCCGUCCGACGACGAAGACACGCCUCCGUCAGGGGAUGAAAAUUGGUCUGAUGAGGAAGAAGAGAGCCCACCGCCAAAGGCGGCUGUUUCAACGGCCAAGCCUAAAAAACUCGAUAUAUCCCAACUAAUGAAGAUGAACCUCAAACAACCUGCAGGGCAAGCUAAAACCUCUGACGCUGCCCUCAGUAAACUAAGUGGGUUAGGUUUCACAAUCAAAAAGAAUACAACUCCCAUAAAGAAAGAACCGGAAGAUCAGAGUUCGAAUGAUGUAAUGAAUAAGUUGGGGAAGUUGGGAGGUAUAAAACUCAAACUUAAAUCUGAUGGUAAUAAUACCAAUUCUUUUAAAGUUAUUAAUGGGUUGAAAGAUUUUAAGGCGUCAGACGAAGAGGAUGAGGAUGGAGAAGGAAGUGGUAAUGAGGAGAGAGACCAGGACGGCGACGAUGAUGAAGAUCAAGACAAGUCAGGCGAGCAAGAUUCAGCUGAUGAAGAAAACGAGGAUAAAAGCAGAAAGAAUUCUGAAAGUGAUGAUGAUAAAACUAAUAAAAUUAACAAGAAAAUUGCAAAUGCUUUGAAAAACUUGCAAGGAAAAUCGGUACAGAUAAAAACAGAGCCAUUGAAGCUUCCUAAAUUGGAGCCAGUGCAAACAGCUGUUAAAACUGCAUUGGUAGCACCUGUGGCGCAAGAAGCUAAACAGCCUGCUAAGCCGGGUAGGCCGGCCGUGAAACAAACCCCAAAAAGAGGCGCUAAUCUUCCUUUACAGAAAGAAACAAAUGCAGCACCUACUCCACCGCCUACCCCGCCAGCUGCGCCUGAGCGACGUGAAUCUCGAGAUUUAAAUUUGAAUAAUGUUGUUGUAAAACAAGAAGUGGAUAGUGCAGAGAAUCAGACCACAACCAAUGCUACACCAUUGUUUUCUACACAGAUCAAAUCUGAGAGAACUUCUCCACCAAUCACAACUUCAACACCUACAAUAGCAUCAGUAAAAAGCGAACCUGAUACCCAACCGCUAACAAAUGCCCAACCAUUAUUCUCUAAUCAAAAUGCUGCAUCUAAUACAACUCCUUUAUUAGCCGUCACAAAAAAAGAGACACAGGAUAUGACUAUAAUAGAAAUAAACGGCGAUUCUGGUGAUGACGACGACGAUUGUUGUGUGGUCUCAGCUACCCCCGCGCCUGAUGUUAAACCUGUUAUCCCAAAAACAGAAAAUCCGCCACCAGCUUACCCUCCGCCAGCAUACCCAGCUUCGACUCUUCCUUCCGAACAAAACUAUAGUUCCACCCCAAGCAGUAUGUUAUCCUCUCGACUGUCAUCUGCACAUUCAACUGAAAAACAACAUAAUUUCAACUGGAAUGCGCCUGAUUCGAAACCACAUCUCGAUAUCUUAGAAAAAAGCACUGACGAAAUCUUUGAAAGCUUGCUGUCAUCGGCGACAAAAAAAGAAAGAGAUCUAGCUCUUUCUGAUGCUAGCGAAUAUAUUUCAAUAGACACAUUGGGUCCACAACAUACGUGUGCUGUGUGCAAUACAAGAUUUACCGAAAUGUCGCUUUUGGAAGAACACAAACGCAUGACCGGUCAUUCUAUGAGCCUUAUGACGCCAUCUGCUUCUUCUUCUCUUCUUCCUUACAAUCAGUCCUCAAAUAUUCUUUCCAGUUUAUUGCCAGUUAAACAGCUGGCGGAACAAGUGGGUAAAUUAUCAGGAAUGGGGGGGAGUGCGCCUGGUUUUACUCAUCAACAAAACGUUAUGAUAAAUAUUCAGGCGUAUCCUGGCGCUGGGGGAACGAUGGGGCCACCACAACCUUACAAUUCUUACCCACCCGGUGCCUCUGCUUAUCCCCAAACCCCAAAUAAUAUGUAUGGAGCAGCUGGACAGCAAAUGCCAGGGCAGUAUCCAGGACAACAUUACAUGAAUCAGCCAGGGUAUGGACAAUAUCAACCGCCCAUGUCGAAAGCUGGUUACCCCGGGUCUCCAAAUUCCUACGCUUCGUCAACGCCGUAUUCUACUGCUUCCCCACUUCAAAAUAUGCAACAGGCUUACGGACCGACUUCUGCCAGUAUGAUGAACACACAAGCGGCGAUGGGUCAGAUGGGGCCGCCGGUAUCAAUGCCAAAUCAAUACGCGCCUGCGUCAAGCCCGGGUGGUACCAUGAAACCUCCAGCAGCUAGUAACGUUAGGAUACAAAACGUGCAAACAUUCGCACCGGGUCAGUUAGUCGGCGCUCCAGGCCAAGAAAUGGGACCGCAAAUGGCUGCACCAGGUCAAAUGGUAGGAGGGCAGAUGCCUUCGCCUAGUCAAAUAAGAAUGGCUCCGGGAGCUACGGUGACGGGCGCUAGACCUAGGAUGCCGACUACAGUGAGAGGCGCUCGACCUUCAAUAAGGCCAGGUAUACAAGUACACGGGCAAGUGCGCGGAGGCAAAGUUGGAGGGCCUCGAAUGCCAAUCAAAAGGCCAGGUGGCGUAAUGAACGCUCCCGGGCAAAAGCAGCGAAGGCCCGAUAUGUUACUCCCAGGGAAACACGACAAUGAAGACUGCCAAGUCAUGGCUAUGCAGAAACAAAGAGACGGCCUGCCUAUGAUCCAAAGCGUGCAAGGCGCGAAGGACAAAUUGAACCUUGGUAGUCAAAUAUCUAUAACGAAGAAAACUGUGAAUAGAGAAGCCAAUGAUAUGGCAAGAGCGUUAGCGUCUCGAGGUAUUAGCGUUAAACAAAAGCAAAAAAGUCGAUCACCAAGCCCAGAAAGGCCAGUGCCGCGUAUUCCUAACCUCGGCGCUGGAGUUAGCAUCAAGCAUGCGAAUAAAUCUAGUAAUUUCUCUAUUCCUGAAGCGAAAGUAGGUGGCGGCAUGUUGUCAUGUAGGGUAUGUAAAAAGAUGUUUAUGAAUCAUAAUUCCUUACAAGUACACAUGACAAACGCUCACCCACAGAGUAAAAUACCAAUGUUCAGAUGCGACGAGUGUCCCGCGUCUUACCCCAAAUCUUUGCAGCUUCAACAUCACAAGAGAGUGUUUCAUAAUGUCAGUGGUCCCAAUAGAGAACUAGGUUUGCCCGUAGUAGAUCUGUCUCAGGAAGAUAACUUGAAACGGUUAAGUAGUUUAGGUAUCUAUAGUUUUAUUCCACUGGCCAAUAGGGAGCAGGCUAGCGGCUGUUUCGGUAUCCCAGUAGUGUCCGUACAUAAUAGCUCGUCUGCUAACCUGCAAGCACUUGGUGCAGAUGGUUUGCUAAGUUUAGGCCCUUUAAAAUCUUUGCCGAACUCGUAAAGUGUGUGAUAAGAUUGAAUUAAAUUGUAGGCGCGCUUGUUCUGUGCGAUUGAAAGUGAAUAGUUUUGAGCCCGUGUGGUAGACAAUUUAGUAUCUCAAUUUCAAAGUUGUCGUA